AUGGAUGCUGGCGCACUGUUCGAUGCCUUCCUGGCUGCUACCAGUUUCAGCAGUAUUCAGCAACUGUUCGCGCAGCUUUGUGCACUGUUGGACGUGGAUCCGCUCGAUAGCUUCAACGUUUUCUGCAGCCUGAAAAGCAAGCUAAAGGAUUGGCGUGCCCAGAAAUUAUGGUCACUUUUGGAGAAACGUGCGCAACAGAAGGAGUACUGCGGCCAGAAGGCAUGCUCACGUCUCAGCGUACUCGUUAUUGGAGCUGGUUAG